GAAAUGUAACCUAUUUGGUAUUUUAAACGCCCCGGCCUAAAUACCAGACUACUGCAGUCUGAAAUAUUUCUUGUUCCACUACAUGGUGGGGAGAAAACCCCUGAUAAUGGCACAUUAAACACGUGGACUAACAACAAACCCUACCAUGCCAUACGCUUAUGCAGCACAAGCAGGAAUGACGACCGCAUAAAGGACCAGCAGCAGUAACGUAUUCCCCGCGCAGCAUAUUGUAUAAAGCUAGCUGGUCGUGGGACAUGGACUAAUGUCUAAAGUGCACAACCUUUGCCGUGGAUCACCAAAGGAAUAACUUAUAUCCGAGAUAGACGGUCCUGCUGUGUCAUUCGAGCAUCCGGUUCGCGUUGUUUUAUCAAACGUUAGCUAGCAACUGAUGGAAACUCGCUGUAUCACCUUGUGAUGGACGCAUCACUUUCUACUGUGUAUUGAAGGAAUUCAUUACAAUCGCUUGUUCACCAUGAAGGACAGACUCGGCAAACAGAAUAAGGUUACGUCGUUGAACACUGUGAGCAUGUUUGUUUCAUGGAUACAUUUGCGUUGUUUUGGAAGGGGCUGAGUCACGAUACUUCCUGAUUGAACCUACCGUUGGCAGGAGGAACUGCGUGGCUAGAAAAAAAAACUGACACGUGGAUUUACCAUCACUUGUAGGGAAAGGAAAAGAGGUGGCACUCUUGUUGAGCUCGUCUCUAACUUGUGCCACAAGAUAUGCGUUCUUUUGCUAUGUGAAAUACUGUUGUGGAAAGUUCAACGGUUUGGAGGGGAUGCCACGGAAUCAUUUAAGAAGAAGCAAAGCAUUCAUACCCCUUCUCGAAAACUAGCUAUCGUUACCUGCGCUGAAUCUGAACUGUUGUAGUGGGGGUCGCAAAGAGGAAUAUUUGUCAUUGAAUGGCAAUUCUACAAAAACAUGGAAAGAACUCUAGUCCAGACUUGGCAAGUCUUAAAGAAAACCCUGCCGAUAAUUUCGGGGCAGCUGGAUGUCAGAAGAAGUGGGCAGAGUCAAGUUCAAAUUGGUCGAGACCGGUAGCACGAGUAUGGACCGUGGUGCUUCUGUUGGGCACCUGCCUGCUAUACUGUGCCCGUGUGGCCAUGCCAAUAUGUGCGGUCACCAUGGCGGAGCGGUACAAAUGGACCAAGAGGGAGUCCGGCAUGGUGCUGGGCAGCUUCUUCUGGGGCUACUGCUUUACUCAGGUCAUCGGGGGCUACAUCAGUGAUCGGGUGGGUGGUGAGAAGGUGCUCCUGCUGUCAGCUGCUGCAUGGGGGGCCAUGACUGCCUUCACCCCAAUCCUGGCCCACUUCUGCUCCCAGCCCAUUGUCUCCAUGACCCUGGCCCGCUUCCUCAUGGGACUGCUCCAAGGAGUGCACUACCCCUCGCUGGCCAGUCUGUGCUCUCAGAAGGUGGUGGAGAGUGAGAGGGGCUUCCUCAUGAGCACUGUGGGAAGUGGCUCCUACCUGGGGACCCUGGUGAUUGGAGGGGCAGGUUCACUCAUGUUGGAUUUGUAUGGCUGGGAGAGUGUGUUCUAUGUCUCCGGCCUGCUUUCUCUUCUCUGGGCCUACUGCAUGUGGAAGUACCUGCUGAAAGGAGAGGGUCCCAUUAUCACUCUGGAGUCCCUGGGAACUCGAGGCACCCAGUCCAAACUGUCCCGGAGGAACUGGCUGCGCCUUUUUAAACAGCCUGCAGUGUGUGCUGUCAUUGUCACACAUCUCUGCACCGCAAGCACUUUCUUCACGCUGUUGUCAUGGCUGCCCACCUACUUCAAGGACACUUUCCCAGAUGCCAAGGGCUGGGUGUUUAAUGUGGUCCCAUGGUUUGUGGCCAUUCCCUCUUCGCUAUUCAGUGGCUGCCUUUCGGAUCACCUCAUCAGCCAAGGCUUUGACACCGCCUCAGUCAGGAAGCUGAUGCAGUUCUUUUCCAUGGGUGUCUCCAGCGUGUUUACCCUGCUCCUGUGUGGCACCACCACCUUCCCCACAGCCGUGGCAUUCGUGUCGGCCACCAUGGGCUUCACCACCUUCAGCCACAGUGGGGUGUCGGUGAACGUUCAGGAUCUGGCCCCAUCUUGUGCGGGAGCUCUUUUUGGUGUGAUGAAUACCUGUGGUGCGUUUUCAGGGGUCAUCAUGGUGUAUUUGGCAGGGUAUCUGAUCGAGUCCACAGGCUCCUGGUCAUCAGUCUUCAUGCUCAUCACGGUAGUGAACCUCCUGGGCCUUGCCAUCUUCCUGGCUUUCGCCGAGGCACGGCGGGUUGACAUAGAUGGAGCCAAGCCCCGGUACCACAACAUCCACAUCUGACCUGAGGGCCAGGCAGGAUCCAUGGGUAGGACCCCCCCCCCCACAGCCAGGGGAGGUCACAGAAGACAACGCUGGGUAUUUGUGGGAUCUGUUAAGUUUUUUUUCCCCCAAGAGCGCUAGAUGGCAGCACUGGGAGGGACCCAAGAACUGCUGUGGUAACAGUUCACAUAAUGUUUUUUUUUUUUUUUUUUUGUUUUUUUUUUUUUUUUUGUUAGACACACACAUCAGUACAUCUUUCUUUGUAAUUUUCAGGAAACGAAAGACAAUGCUAAAUGUAAUUCCGUUUAAACCUAGUGUUAAACCUAGCCAAGUGCUGUCUGUUUAGAUGGGCUUGGUUGAGGUAAAUAGAGUUCAGAGCUGGGUAAAGUAGAUCAGAGGGACUCGAAUGUGCCACCAUUUCAGACUCCAAGAGUCGUUUUAGUAGACAGUCCCCUCAGAACCCCAAAUGCACUCAUGCACACGCACACGCAGUAGACAGUCCCCUCAGAUCCCCAGAUGCACUCAUGCACACGCACACGCACAAACACACAAACACUCACACACACAACUCGCAUGUACAAACAAACCACAUACACCUGUGAUCCAGUGAUGAGCAUUUGAUCUAAAAAGCUCUAUCACCCACACACAUCAUCACAUACUUUUUGUUACUUAAUUUAUUGCAAUAUUUUAAGGUAAGAUUUAGGAAUGAACAGAUUUCAUUAAUAAUAAUUCAUUAUAACAUAUCUAUGAACUUAAUUACUAUACUUUAGAUUGUUCUUAGGAUUCAUUAUUAUAUCAGAUAAUCAUCACAAGUGAUUUUAUUAUGAUUACAAUUGCAUGAUAUUCACAAAUACCUCAAUUAUAUAAUUAUCAUUAACAUGAAUGAUUUUGUAAUGAUUUAAUAAGAGAAACAUUUUUCUUUUCUAAGACCACAAAGUCUGCACAUUUAUGUUUAUGUUUUUGUGUGAGUCAAUGUAAAAUUGUUUACAAAGCGCACACUUACAAGAAGUUUGUGUUUGUUUGUGUGGAUUUGAAAGCAGGAGGCCUGAUAUUUCACCCUGGCAGCAGUGGCCUAGGAUUAUUCCCUGGCCUAAUGAGGCCUCUAUCUGGAACUCUCUUUUCAAUGAGGAAAGGUCACAGUUGUGUUUCACAAUGUGAUUCUUCAGUUAGCUAUAACUGUGGUCAAAAUGGACUGAAUGGUUGUUCAGUUGUCAGCCAGUUCAUGAAAGAUACAUAAGCAUCUCCUUUCAUUAGACAUCUGGUCAUUGGUCGGCCAUCUUAUGAGUUAAUUUUCGUCAGAGAGUAAUGUCGCCUUUUCAAAUAAUGGCCUUUUGAAUGCAGUGGAUUUGGGGGGUGGGCUGGGGUGGGGUGGUAAGGCAGUGAGCUGAAUGUGAAGAGCUUCGGUAUUUAGCUUUACACCAGAGCCUGGAGUUGUUGGCUGCCUUUAUUAGAGUGAGUGGGAUUGAAGUGAUUUUUCAGGACCAGCUUAUGCAGUGCAGCGACUGUUGACAUGUCCAGAGGGUGGAAUGGUCGAGUUAUAGAAGUGGAGUGCAGAUUCUGUCUGUUGGAUAAAUAAUGGUUUGUCCCAGUAGCAUCUGUUGUAUAGGCAGUAGGCUUUGUUAACUCGGUUAAGAGAAAGGAUCCCCAGAGGGAUUGUGCGUUCCAUUAUUUGAGUUGUGAUUUUUUAUUUUUUUUUUUUACCAAAAUAUAUGUAUUCCAAAUCAAUGUAUUUAUUUUGAGUUAAGUUAGAGAAGAAAUUUAUAUAUAUAUAUUUAUGGUCAAAUCCAAAGGUGUCAAUCAGAACAGUAAAACGUUUUUCUUUCUUCUGGUGUUUUGUUUAGCCUUCAGCAUCUAAUACUUUCUAGCAUUCCUAAUCAGAUGAUCAGAGAUUUGAGGCCAGUAUAUUACAUGGCUGAAUGUUCCGUUUUUGCCUGAUUUCAGUAUCAUUGUUUUUGUAUCCCUUAGAGCCUCUUGUUCAGUUGUGUAACAUUUUACAUACAUGUUAAUUCACAUGGCACAUACCUAUUGCACCAAAAGCUGUCUGUUUGUAGAAUAUUGUAAAGCAAAGCUAUUUAAGGUCAUGAACAGAUUGGCCAGCUGACCAAAGAGUUACUGAGUUACUCAAGAAAAGGGGGGAAAACAAAGAUGGUCUGUAAUCUCACAGAGGAGUCUCUAUACAACCUGAACUGUAACAUCUAUAGUGAACUGAAAUCCUAGUUCCUGUCUCGGUUAAGUAGACCGUAUCAAAGGUUAUGGGGAGCAGUGUAGCACGAUCCAUGUUGAAAACCUUGUUUGCCAUUGGCGCCAUUUUGGCCACGUCAGCUUUGGCAUUUUAAUAGAAUGGGAGAGUUCAGUGAAUGUUUUUUUACAGAGCCUUAAAAAGCGCAAGACACUGGACACCUCAUCAAAUAAUUACAGAUUUCAUUUAUUCUCAGAUAUAUCUCUCACAUUCAGUUUUCACUUUGCCAUGCUCUGUUAUAUUUAAACUCACUUGUUGAUGCUUUGAUCUGGCUCUUAAUUGCCCUCUGCACUUCUGCUGUCACUCUAAAGGUCAGCAUAUCGGAGGACUGAAGUAGAGGUCACUUAGUUUAACAUUGCAUUAUGGAGUCCUCUCUGUUACAGUGUAAAUGAUCCAAUAGUGAGACAGGAGACUCAUUUCAGAAAUCAAACUAAGAAGGCUCAAGGGUCAUUCCAUGUCAAAUCAACCAGGGGAUCCUACCUCAAAAUUUUAAAUAGGUACAGCCUCAAGUGUUACAUUAUUUAUGCACUAAAUUGUGUUCUGUAUGGGAAUUGAGUGGAAAUGUGUUCAAUUUUUGAUUGUUGAAAAUAAGCUAAAUUUGACAUUUUCAUUCUGGAGCCCUCUUUACAGGCCAGUCUCUGCCAGAUUAAAUCACCUAUUGCCUUGAAACGGCACAGGUGCCCACUGAAGCUUUUUUUUUUACAGCACAAGACGAUAUUAAUUGGAUAUAUUUAAACAUUUCUGAACCAACUAAAGAUCUGUCACAAUGUGUUUUUGAGUGGCUGUAUGUGACCCAAAUCCCAGUAUACCAAACUGACUGGAAGCUUGUAGACCAAGUACAUAUCUGUCCCUGUAUGCAAAAUGAUAGGUAUACAACAUUUUGUAUACAUCAUAAGUUGAAUUGACAUGAAAUGACCCUCAGGGGGGUUUCGUGGCACUUGCCACCCCUACACAGUAAAUGCCUAUACUCACCCAUGCGUGCGCACACUCACGUGGUAGACUGUGCUAGAUUUCUAUAUAGAUUACAUGUAAAUGUCUAUGUACAUUUAUUGAUAGUACUGACAUAUAGGGUGCUAUUUGAGGUAUUUUAGACUUAGGAUAACCACCAAUAUUGUUCUACACAUAAACCUAAUGACUGAUGGCAAAUAGAAAUACUCUUGACCAAUUCUUUGUAUAAUUAUUUUCACAUCUUCAGAACUGUGCUGUUUUCAGACCAUUUGGAUCUUCCUUUUUUGCCAUAUGGAAUUUUUGCCUAUUCUUUUCAUCUGUCUGUGAGUCUGGUUGUAUGUUUAAAAUGUCUUUGAUUUAAAAACAUUCCAUUCCAUGUGGAUACUUGUGAGAUCUUAUGCCCAGUCUGAAGGCCUUUGAUAUGCACUGUAUCACAGUUUAACACAUGGCCAUUCUGCAGAGCCAAGUUAUGUUCAGCUAUGUAAAGAAUAAGUGCUUAUUUGUAUUUGUUUAAAAAUAUUGUGAAUGUGAUGCAUAGAAUUAUUCUGAAGAUGUAUAUAAAAAGAAAUGCAGUAUUUCAUUGCUUUGGAGGGAGAAAUAUGUAUUUGUAUACAUAUUUUGAAUUUUCAAUAAAUAAUAUCUAUAUUUUA